CAUGGCAAUAAUCAGCUGGUUGUCAUCUUCCAUCUUCCUCUCAUUAUUCACCUUGUUUUGCCUUAGUAUUAGUAAUGCAUCAUGGGGUGCUCAGGCUGCUCGCGAAUCAUGUCGUCCCAUCUCGUCUUUGAUCAACAAAGACCUUUUCCACACCAUGUUUCUACACAAGGACGACGCCGCAUGCCCUGCCAAAGACUUCUACGCCUACAACUCUUUCAUCCAAGCCUCCAAAUCCUUCCCUGGAUUUGGCACCACCGGAAGCUUAACCACUCGCAAGCGCGAAAUUGCUGCCUUCCUUGCUCAGAUCUCUCACGAGACUUCAGGUGGGUGGGCUACUGCCCCUGAUGGACCCUAUGCAUGGGGUUUGUGCUAUAAAGAGGAAAUCAAUCCCCAAAGCGACUACUGUGACUCCACCAACAAGGAAUGGCCCUGCUAUCCGGGCAAAUCUUACAAAGGAAGAGGCCCUAUUCAACUAUCUUGGAACUUUAAUUAUGGCCCGGCCGGCAAGGCAUUGGGGUUUGAUGGGCUUAAGAAUCCAGAAAUAGUGGCGAACAAUUCCAUGAUCGCGUUGAAAACGGCUCUGUGGUUCUGGAUGACUGAGCAAAAGCCGAAGCCGUCUUGUCACGAUGUCAUGGUUGGACGAUAUAUUCCCACAGAAGCUGAUGUUGCAGCCAACCGGACGGCCGGAUUUGGGGUGGUGACUAACAUAAUCAACGGUGGCCUUGAGUGCGGCAUACCAAACGACGCACGAGUGAAUGAUCGGAUUGGUUAUUUCAAAAGAUAUGCUCAGCUGUUGAAUGUGGAUACUGGAUCUGACUUAGACUGUGCAAAUCAGAAGUCUUUUUAAUGUUAAAAAAACAGGAAUGCAGUGCAAGUUGCAACAUGUCUAUGAUAUUUUUCUUACAAUAUUACAUGGAAUAAGAAUUAAUACUGAGCUUGAGUUGAUGGAGUUUUCUGUUUUGUAUUUAAUUUCUGUCUGUGUGAUCCUUUUUUCAGAUUUGAUGAA